AUGGAACAAAAUUUGAAAUUGGAUAAAUGUGAUAAAGAAGCUCAAGUCAAUGCAAACCAAUACCAACGAUUAAUUGGAAGACUCCUUUACCUUCAGGUUACUAGACCCGAUGUUGCAUAUGUCGUCAGUAUUUUGAGUCAAUUCGUUGGUGACCCAAGAGUUAGUCAUUUAGAGGCUGCCAAUCGAGUCCUUCGCUACCUCAAUGGCACUCCUGGACAAGGGAUUCUUCUACCAAAGCAGGGCGGCACCAACCUCAUCACUUACUGUGACUCGGAUUGGCUUGGUUGUCCUUUCACACGGAGGUCACGAACUGGGUACUUACUUCUCUUGGGAGGCGCUCCUAUAUCCUGGAAAUCAAAGAAACAAUCGAUGGUUUCUCGAUCUUCAGCCGAAGCUGAAUACCGGGUCAUGGCGGCCGUGGUUAAUGAGAUUAUAUGGAUGAGAUGGCUUUUAAAGGAACUUGAUAUCCCUCAAGAAGGACCGACACAAUUGUUUUGUGACAAUCAAGCAGCCAGGCACAUUGCAAACAACCCUGUGUUUCAUGAACGCACCAAACAUGUUGAAAUGGAUUGUUAUUUUGUCCGUGAACGUGUCGAGUUAAAAGAAAUUCAAACCAUGAAAAUAGAUACAACAAUGCAGCUUGCCGAUCUCCUCACUAAACCGUUGGGUACCAACCCGCUUCCGCACUUUACUUGGCAAGUUGGGCAUUACGGAUCUCCACGCUCCAACUUGAGGGGGAGUAAAGAACCUUAUAUAUUUUAA